AUGAGCUUUCUAAAACUAGGGCACCCGCUAGACGAUGUGAAUAAACAUCAACAUCGUGACCGUAGCAAUGGUAGUCCAACUGACGUCGGUCCGGCCACCUCGCUUUCAACCUCGAAUUGUGUCGGAUUCAAAGCCCGAGCUACAGACUUGAGUAAGCCUUACUACCUUCCAUCCGAUCACGAACUGCUGGAACGAGCGCAAGCGGCCCAUUCAUCCAUUGACUUUGACGCGCUUUCCGCUGGUCCAGAAGAAAACGGACCUUGGGAACGCGUGGAAGCGGCUGAUCGGUUUGUCAUUUUCCGGCGUCACGCUUCAGCUGAAGUGAGCGAAAGUCGGAUUCCAGGACUGGACGUCAUGUGUGCGGGACGACUGGAUGCCAGUAUUGAAGAAGUGGCGCGAGUGCUUCGGUCGAGGUCGGAAGUCGACUUGGCAAGCACGAUGCAAGGUCUGUACAAGAAGAACUUUAUCUUUGGGUCGCUUGACCGGGAUAUCCCCUGUUCAAGGAAAAGGUCUGAGCAAAGCGACGACGACUCGGACGUGGACCCUGGUGAGCAACUCAAUGUGAAGACCAUCAGCUUCACCCGGUCCAGUCCAUUUGCUCGGAACGAGCAAUGGUGUUUCUUGGACUUUUUCCAGAUCAAGACCGAAAGGGACGGGUUUACCAUCUCGCAGCGUGCUUUGCCUCCACUGGAACCAACACCCGGUCGGGUCGUUGGGAUCUACGCCCGAGUGGAUCAGUUGCAUGGACUGAACGCGUCGAUUCUAGUCGACCAACUUCCGAACCGGAAAGGGCUUCGUGUCGUGUACAAUGUUUGGUUUGAACAAGUUCUGAGCUCGGAUCUGUUGGUCUCCGGUAGCACCCGCAGCACGUCAAGUCGCAGUUUUAGUCGACGACGAAGCUUUGGCUUGAGCGCCUUGUCAUCGUCGAGUACGAUCCUUGCAAGUGAUGACGAGACUACGGACUCGAACGCUCAAUUGCGUCGCCUCUUGUCGCUAGCUCGAGGAAUCACGAAGCUCCCUCACCUCAUUCGACGUCGUCGAUUUGGGGUGCAAGUACCAGUAGACUUUGAUCAAGUGCAGGCAGUGAACACGCGCUGUCCGUGCUGCACGCACAGCUUAGCACCUGUCAAGAUGUCGCUGUUCAUGGCAGCUUCUGCCAUUGCCAAGCGAAAGCUACGGUCAUUCCGAAUGGACACUAGAAGAUGCUACCUCUGCGGAUAUCUCGUCUGCAUUGACUGCUGGCAACCGGAGUACAUGGAAAGCACCGUAGGCCGCGUGGCAUCCAUUGUGGUCUGUAAUCGAUGCCACGCUUGUGUCCAAGCUUGCGAUUACUCGGAAGUAUCGGCUGCAUGCACUAGUGUCAACUCCGGAAGCCGUCCCAAGGUUGUGGCCGAUCAACCUGAUGAGUCAGUCGCGCCUUUGUUGACUGCCUUCCUCGAAGCCUCGUUGAUGAACGAUUCGGCCGAUGCAUCGGAUCGAGCUGCUAUCCUCCUUGUCAUUCGACUCCUUCUUCGGCAAAGCAAAGCUAACAGCAAGGAAAGGAGCGUCAUCUCGGAUCAAAGUGACGAUGAGGAGGAGGAGGAAAGUCUACACGGUGAUGGAGUUGCAGUGAAGCAACUUGAACAGUUUCUGAGUGACGAGAGGGAGUUGCCAGUACUCAAGUCGUGUACGUUGGCUAGUGCGGAUCGGCGUGAGUAUUUGAUUGAGCUACCGGACGACCCGUUGUCGAUGGUCCCGUGCAGUGUCAUCCCCAGCCACGAUUCCGAUCGUCUCAAGGUUGCUACGGACAAGGGGUUGCUACAACUUGCUUAUCACUUGGCACCUCUUCAGUCUCCCGAAUCGUUUGAGAACAUGUGCGACGUCCGUGACCUCGAUCUACUUUGUCAACUAGCAGUGCGUGCGACGGGGUUUAGUGAUGCGUUCGUGACGGUUAUGGGCGUCAAGCACAACCAUGUUCUGACUGCUACGGAUCCCAUGUUCCUACACACGGCUCUUCCUCGGGAACAAACUAUCUGCCAACAUACUAUCAUGACGACGAGGCCAUUCUUAGUCACGCAUCCUGAAGCAGACGUGCGUUUCCAAGGCAAUCAAGCAGUCCACGCACUACCUAUUCGUCACUAUCUGGGAUUCCCCGUGAUCGUUCGGGCUUCUAGUGAUACUGGAGAAUCGGAGACGGAGAUAUCGAUCGGCACAUUGUGCUGCACCGACUCUUCCGUUCAUGCCGAUUUGACACGCUCUCAGUAUGCAACAAUGAAGCGGUUGUCCGACGUAGCCUCGAGACUGAUCCAACUGAAGGGGCAUCAACUUCAACAACAAGUGGUACCGUCAACGGAUUGA